CAACAUAAUUCCAAAAACUAUCACCAAUUCUCACACAUUCCAAAGGAGGUGAAGAAAUUAAGAAGGGAAGAAAACCCUUGAACGAAAUUUCUUCACCACCUUUGUGUUCAUGCAUUGCAUCAUCGAUCACAAACAAAAUAAACAAAUACUCAGAAGAAGAGUUUGGUCUUCUCUAGUGAUCUUAUCCAUCUCGAACAAAUCACCUCCAAUACAGGAUACGUCCAUUGUGGUCUUAUCCGACUCAAAGAGCACUGCAUUCAGUACAAGAUACGUGUGGUGUAGAGAAAAACGAUUACAAACAAAAAGAAAAUGAGGCUAUGGAAAAAGGCCGCGGGAGCAUUGAAGGAUAGGUACAGCAUUUUGAUCGCAAAGCUCUCACCGAGUGGCCCGUGUAAGAACCCUGGUCUUGAAACAGUGAUCAUCAAGGCCACUAGCCACGAUGAACAAUGCAUGGAUUACAAGAGCGUUCAAAGGGUUUUCAAAUGGCUACGCACCUCACCCUUGUACCUUAAACCGCUUCUCUGCAUUCUCUCCACAAGAAUGGAAAAGACUCGUUCAUGGGUCGUGGCACUCAAGGGGUUAAUGCUCAUUCAUGGGGUGUUUUGUUUUGACCUACCCGCGGUGCAAAAAAUGGGAAGGUUGCCAUUUGAUUUGACACACUUCAGUGAUGGACACAUAAACCCUCACAAGGCAUGGGUUUUCAAUGCCUUUGUUCGUUCCUACUUUGCAUACUUGGACCAUAAGUCAUCGUUUGUGAGAUUCGAGGCAACGAAAGAGGACAAGAGUGUGAUGGAGGAGUUGCAAAGCUUGGAGACGAUGCUUGGUUUGAUUGAUUUGCUUCUAGAAAUCAAGCCUAGGAUCCCCCACAUGAACAUCGUGCUUAUUCUUGAGGCCAUGGAUUGUGUUAUGGACGAGGUUUUGGAAUUGUAUAGUAAAUUUUCCAAGAGGGUUCAUCUAGUGUUGUGGAGAAUAAUUGACACGGGUGGAAAAGAGGAAGCAUCGAUUGGUCUUGAAGUUGUGAAAAAGGUUCAAAUGCAAGGUGGUAAGAUGACUAUGUACUUUGAUUUUUGUAGAGACAUUGGGGUCCUUAACAUUUCCGAUUGCCCCGAAAUUUUGAGGAUCGAUGAGAAAGACAUUCAUGAACUACAAACAAUAAGGGAUGGUGGUGUCUCCGAGAGGAAAAACUUGGAGGGUAAUAAUGGUGAUGAUAAUGGGGUUGCGACAUAUGAGAAUAACAACGCCAUUGUGGUGAGAGAUCGUGGUGCCACUGCCACCAUUUCGGAGCAGAAGCAAUCAAAUUUGAGGACUGUGAUCACUGACCAAUGGGAGGUAUUUGAUGAUGAUUUAAUUGUUGAUGUAACGGAUAGUCCCUCCAAUGGGACAAGUGUGCCUAUCAUCACAACCAAUAACCCUUUUGUGGAUUCUUUGAGCAUCGUACCUCAUAUUCCCAUUUGCAGUAAUUAUGUUCUUCCAGAUUUAAUUAUUUUGUAGCAUUUUGAGAUAAAUAAAUAAGGUUCCAUUUUCAUAUGUU